AUGAAAAAAGUGACAUUCGGUGAUGACGUAAUGUCACCAGCACCGAGGAAAACGAAGCAAGAGGCGACACCGGUGAAGAAAAAGGCGAAAGGAAAGAAAAGAGUUCAGCAACACAUACAGAUGACGUUGAAGAAGAUGAGAGAAGAGCAAGAAGCAGAAGAAGCGGAAGAAAAUGAGAACGUUGAGAAGCCCGAAUGCAACUGCCGAGAAGAGGCCGACGAGCCAGCUAAGAAGAAACGAAAGAAAGCAGCAGAAGGCGAAUCAGAAGCACAGAAGAAGUCUCGAGAAACAAUCGGAGCAAAAGUUCUGGAAGCAUCUCAAGGCUCCAGUAAAAUGCUCGGAUUCCAUGUAAGCGCUGCUGGUGGUCUAGAACAAGCUAUCUACAAUGCAAGGGCAGAGGGAUGUCGUAGUUUUGCGAUGUUCGUUCGAAAUCAACGCACAUGGAAUCACAAACCAAUGGAGGAGAGUGUCGUUGAGAAUUGGUGGAAGGCGGUUCGAGAAACGGAAUUUCCGCUGGGUCAAAUUGUGCCCCAUGGAUCGUAUCUAAUGAAUGCGGGAUCGCCGGAAGAGGAGAAGCUGGAGAAGUCGAGGAAUGCGAUGGUUGAUGAGUGUCAGAGAGCUGAGAAACUCGGCAUUACGAUGUACAAUUUUCAUCCGGGAUCCACGGUUGGGAAGUGUGAAAGGGAGAAGUGUAUGGAUACGAUUGCCGAGACAAUUGAUUAUGUGGUGGAGAGGACCGAGAAGAUUGUGUUAGUGCUGGAAACAAUGGCUGGACAAGGGAAUUCAAUCGGUGGAACAUUUGAAGAACUCAAGUACGUCAUCGAUAGAGUCAAGAACAAGUCCCGGGUUGGUGUCUGCAUUGACACGUGUCACAUUUUCGCGGCUGGAUAUGAUAUUCGAAGUGAAAAGGCAUAUGAGGAGGUCAUGAGUAAAUUCGAAGCGACCAUUGGCUGGAACUAUUUGAAAGCCAUGCAUAUCAACGAUUCUAAAGGAGACCUCAGAUCGAAUCUCGAUCGCCACGAACACAUCGGCCAGGGGAAGAUUGGGAAGGAUGCAUUUGGGUUUCUGAUGAACGAUGAGAGGUUGAAGGGGAUUCCGAUGAUUCUGGAGACGCCUGAAGGAAAAUAUCCGGAGGAGAUGAUGAUGAUGUACAAAAUGGAGAAGAAAUGA